AUGAGAGAAUCUCCAUUGCCUAAAGUCAAAGUACCUCUAUUUUGGAAGCAGGUUAGUCUUGCGAAGUUAUCUCUUCUAACUCCUGGCUAUGGUAAUCUCGCCACCCAAAAUGGGAGGCGACAGCCUUUGAAAGGAAAGAGUGAGGAGAAUAAUUGGACCCGAGGAUUCUCUUCUUCGCACGAUAGUCGGAUGUGUCAUCACACGAUGAUCAUGCGUCGGCACCAUAGUCGUAUGCAUCUCAGCACACAAUACAUUUCAAUGCAGUUCCUCAUGUCUCUGGUGCCUCACAUAGCUUCACACCUUGCUUUCUUGAAUACAUGCUCCACAAAUAUCAUAAGAGAUUAGAGAUAUCUAUUUUUAUUGCAUGAAUCACAUGCAUAUGCUAUGGACAACUAUUCAAUCAAUCUCUUAUAACACUCGCCUCUUCUAUGAUACCUCCUUUACAAGCCGAUCAAGAUUGCCAGACGGGCAUUAUUUGCAUACCAAUGGUGUUUUUUUGACAGGGCCUUUCUGGUGCAAGUUCGGCUCGAGGAACUUGUUGUGUCCAUUGCACUUAAAGUUCUUGUAACUAGUUCAACAUUCGACCUUGGUCUACCUGUCUGAUAAAAUGCAUGAUAUUAUGACGU